UAAAAUUCUAUCUCUUAAUAUAGAUACUAUAAACAAAAACAAACUCUGCAAAUUUCAUAGAACUCUAUCUAUGUCUCAUCCUUUCUCCGACUGAAGCUGUGGCUUUCAAGUAGUGGCACCAAACGCGGUUGUUGUGACAACUUGAACCAAAGCCAGUAGUUGCGGUCACUGAAGUCGAACCAAAUCAGGUUUAGAGUUUGACCACAAUCACAGAGAUACAUCAAUCAUCUGAGAAGAAGGCAAAGGCAGAUCGGAGAGAGCUUGGUAGCUUGACAUACAAUACAAUACAAAGAGGCCAAGAAACAAUUGAAAGAUUUGCAGUGCAAGAACAAAGAGCUGCUUCAGCAACAGCAGUCGGCUCGACUGUUGGAGACUCCUCACCACCUGACAUAGUACUUCCAAAGGACAAAGCCGAGCCACUUGGAAUCAACAUCCAGCAGAUUCUAGUAGAAGAUGGAAUAGGAGGCCUAGAUGUGAACUCAGGUCAACAUUGGUCUGAGUGUUGAACAUCAGUUCAUUCCAAGCUCAUUUGGUUACUCUCCCCUGCAUUGGGAUGAUCAACGAUGUACUGUGGCAUCGGAUAAUCAUUCUGCUUUGAGAAAUGGUCUAGUGAGGACCUUGGUUUUUCAUUGCAGCUAGGUGACCAUGAGCCUAAAAGAAGGCGUUCUGAUCCUUCACCUAGCGGAGAAGCUAAAUGAGCUUCCUCUAGUGAUGUAACUAACAGACUGUUGAAUAUUUUCUUCUUAAUGUGGAAGACUAAAAAUUGUUUGAGGAGAGUGCGAGUAUUGCUUCUCAAGUUGUGGGGUGGUUAAAAAUUGGUUUUUCUUCACAGUUAUUCUUAGUCUUUGUUAAUUUAGAUGGAAUGGAAAGAUGGGAGAAUCAAAAUAAAUUUUUUUAUGUCUUAUGGAGAAAGAAGAAAGUAUGAGAUAAUAGACCUGUAAGAUGUGGUUAAGGAGUCCAAGAACCUUUAAAUGAACGCAUAAUAUCAAACAAGUAAAAGGAAGAUAUGCAAUAUAACCGGUAGCAUUGUAUUUACAUUCAUACCAUGGUUCAGGAUCGUAUGUUUCUUUUAUUUAGCUAAUUUGUUCCUAUAUUAGUUGAUAUUUUUGUUUGCUUCAAGUACUCUGGCAGCUUCCAUUAUAUUCCUCUGCUUCAUAUUACAUAAAAUUGACUUCCUUUCUUUUCUGCUAAAAUUUUAGGCAUCUUUUCUUUCAAUGGAUUUGAAUGAUCUUGCAGAACAACUCGCAAAAAUGGAUUAAUCAAAAAGGCUAUUCAUGGAAGCGGAUCUGCUACCUCCAGAGCUGGUAAGGCUGUGAUCUACUUUUCAGUUUUUCUUUUCUGUUGCCCAAGUACAAUCUGAUACAUCCAAGGUAAAGUAACUUAAUACCCCAGGCCCAGGAAAAUCUGAAAUAUAUUUAUAUAUUUAUGGAUCAGCAAGUUAAUGCAACAAGGUGGUGAAUGAUUUGUUUCUCCAAUUUUUUUUGUGAUUCACUUCCAGUUAAAUUGUAAGAAUGCGAUGCACAUCAAUCAAUGCUAAAAUAGUCACAUAAAGAUUUGCCAAGUGACCAUUGGUUAUCCUCAUACAUUAAAAAUAGUGCUUUUUCCCCUUUAAUAUUGCUAAUUUGUGCGAAAAGACCGCAACUUGGCCUGAGCAUUCAUGCAAUUUCUGCGAAUCAUAAAGUUUCUGCAGAUCUCCAGGGUUGCUGCCGUGAUCCCAAUGAUAUAUGUUUGCUUGGACCUGUAAGGGCUUUUAGAACAAAACAGAGCGAUCAAGGUUUUAAUUAAGAAACAUGCUUAUAGCAAUUAGGAUAAAACUACAUUACUUGGGUUGUUCCAGUGAGUGUAAUAUUUUUAAACUAGAGGACCUUAUCUUUGGAAAGAUCAUAUAUUUGCAGGUGACCAGGUGCAUGCUAUAUUUUUGGUGGUUAAUGCAAAAAUGCAAACAAAUGUGUUUGUUCACCAAACUAGUGGCCUAACAUGAUCGAGAAUCGACACUUAUCUGGUCAACUAUAGUAUCACAUUUUAUUACUGCUUAUCACUGUGCUGUUGUGUUAACAUUGUUUCUUCUCAUUAUAUUUCGUACAUGUAGGAUACUUCAUUUUCACAUACCAGUUCCGAGCAUCGCUGCUUUGUUAUAAUUUUAUAUACAUGUUAAGUAGUUUUUGAUUUUGUAAAAAGACAUUUACAACUGGAUUUUCAACUUAGUCAUUCCUGAGUGUGGAAUGUUAAGUUGUUCUACUCAUGGGAUGACUUUCAGUUUAUCUUACAGAAUCCAUUGACUUCUAUCUAGAUCUAUUUUAAAAUUAAUAUCGAUUCAUUUUUAUACAAGACUUCUGUAAUAUACAAUCAAUUUUGGUAAAUAAAGCACUGUUGAUUCAGAUAUUUGAACUUCUGAUGCUUCUGCAUUACAACUUUUUUUACAUUAUUGCGUGUAUAUCAAAUUCUUUUAUAACUCACAAUAUUCCUAAAAAUCUAACAUUUUUUGUCUAUAUAUCACUUCAACUUGCACAUUCUUAUUUGUAAGCACACAGAUAUCUAAAAACUCUUUGAUCAUGCAUGUAACAAAUGCAUGUGCUGGAGUACCACAAACUCCAGCUGAUUUUGGCCCUGGAACAGACAGUGCCAACAUUGAUCCCAUGGUGGUACCUCGCUGUUUGCUGACAGAACACAGAGUUGGUUUUUCCCACAUCGACAUCAUCGUCCUCGAGUGCUGGUUAUUGAUACACCUCAUACACGUCCUUUUGAUCGUUCUACAUUGCAAUACAAUUACACGGUUGCUUUGAGUAAAGCACCCUUGUUCUUCAAUGCACAGAAAUCUGGAAAACUUUCGGAGGACAAUCAUGUUGCUUGGAGAGGAGACUCUGGUUUGAACGACGGGAUAGAUAAUCCUUCAUUCAAAGGCAACAAUUUGGUUGGGGGUUAUUAUGAUUCUAGUGAUGCAAUCAAAUUCAGUUUUCCAAAAUCUUUUGCCAUGACCAUCUUGAGUUGGAGUGUGAUCGAGUACAAUGCUAAAUAUGAAGCUGUGGGGAAGCUUAACCGUGUUAAAGAUAUCAUUAAGUGGGGAACUGAUUAUUUUCUAAAAACUUUUGAUUCUUCUGCUGAUACCAUAGAUCGCAUUUUGAUGCAGACACCAGUGAAGAACGUAGUCCUAAUGAUCAUUAUUAUUGAUGCAUCCUGAGGACAUUGAUUACUAUCGACCUGUGACUGAAUGUAUGCUACAAGGAAUAAUUAUUACCUCUCCCUUGCAACCAAAAUGGCCUCACAAGCUGGUGGUCACAGGGUUAUCUCUUGACAUCAUACAAAGGAACUUGCUCCAUUGAGAUUCUUUUGAAGGUAUAAAUGUCUAACAGAGUUAUUGAGUUUUUGGGCGGAGCAGGGGCAUUACAACUCUAUCCAUCCGGAGGGAGUGAACCAUGUAAAGUGUACAUCUAUCAAGAGGAACAUUUCGUGAAUUCACUUAAGGAUGAAGUCAAUAUCAUAAAGGAGAGCCCUUCUCAUUUGCAUUCUCUAGACGUGGAAGCAAUUGGUAGUCUAAUACGGAAUUCCUCUGUUAAAGCUUUACCUUUUAAGACCUAUAGUGAACCUGAAUCUUGAUUAAACUCUUUUAACUCACUUUAGAUCACCGAUGCUGAUAUUCCUAAGGAAGCAACAUCUCUUAAUUAUCUUAAUAUAGUUAUACAUUCUCUUGCAAUUGCUUGGAUUCAGGAACCGACUAGGCUUCGACCCAUUGCCAUAUGAACUCCAGAAACUGAGAUGCAAGUGUAACUUCCAUGCUCUAAAGUUUGUGCCUAAGAUACAAGAAGCCGGCUCAUGAUAAUAAAAAGGAUAAGAAAAUCUGAUGUCUCGACAAACUUGGUAUAUAAGGAAGUACUUGGGAACUUCAUCACAGAAGCUCCUCUAGAAAAUAAGGAAAAGUACAUUGCUUUGCACUUGUGAUUUGAAAUUGAAAUGGUUGCGUAUUCACUAUGUCAA